GUCAAGCAAAUUCAAAAACCUUAUCUUCGCCGGAAAUGGCGAUGAUACCAGUAAUAAAGUGUACAUCAAAUGAACGAGUGCUCGGCAUGAAAUCGACAGACGACAAAAAGGAUGACGAGAAAUCGGAUAAGAAAUUGACGGUUCUCGAGUCGCAUGGUUAUAUUCUCGGGAAGACUAUAGGGGCUGGAUCGUAUGCCACAGUCAAGAUCGCAAAAUCCAAUCGGCAUGAUUGUCAAGUGGCGGUGAAGAUAGUUUCGAAAUUUCAAGCGCCCGAAGAUCAUCUUACGAAAUUCCUACCUCGUGAAAUCGAAGUGGUUAAAGGAUUAAAACAUCCGAAUCUUAUUCGUUUUUUGCAAGCUAUAGAAACCACUCAUCGGGUGUACAUUAUCAUGGAAUAUGCACAGAAUGGCAGUUUGCUCGACGUAAUACGUCGCGAUAUUUACAUCGAUGAGCUGCGUAGUCGCAAAUGGUUUCGGCAACUCUUGGAAGCUAUUGAUUAUUGUCAUGAACAUGGCAUAGUACAUAGAGACAUAAAAUGUGAGAAUCUGCUUAUGGAUCAUUAUUUCAAUAUUAAAUUGUCGGAUUUUGGAUUCGCGCGAGGUCAAAUGAAACCGAAGAAUGGUGAGUGGAUCCUCAGUACAACCUACUGUGGCAGCUAUGCUUACGCAUCACCCGAAAUUCUACGAGGUAUCCCAUACCAGCCUCAACUCUCCGAUAUAUGGUCUAUGGGAGUGGUACUUUAUACUAUGGUGUACGGUCGACUGCCAUUCGAUGAUUCGAAUCACGCGCAACUACUAAAGCAAGUACAAAACAGAGUGGCGUUCCCUAAACUUCCUAAAGUAUCCGAAUCAUGCCGGUCUCUCAUUAGCCGUAUACUAGUACCUCAAUCGGCACGAUUGCGCAUUAACAAUAUAAGAAAUGAUACCUGGCUAGAGAUAUCCGUCGUCGCCCAAACGUCGAUUAGUGGCAGAUUCAUUGGAAUAAUACCUACAGUAUCACCAACUAAGGAAUCCAAAGUAUUCGAUGAACAUAUAGUAUCAAUUACUCCAGCAAUCUUUCAAAAAAAUGAGAAACCUGAAGACGCUACUGUCAAAGAUAACGCGAAAAGACCGAUUUAAAAUGUGAAACUGUAAAAUUCACUGUAAUAUUGUAAAGAAACCAUUAAUACCAUUAAAACAG